AUGAGGGUCAACGAGAGCCAGCGUAGUGGGCCAGUGCCUAAACUAUUGCUUGUGGUGGGAGGGAUCUGUAGCAGCGUCGUGUUGCGUGGUGGCGACGAACAUGUUAUUGGGGGCGCGCAAGUCAAUGGCGAGCAGACUGCAUGGGAGAAGAAACCUGACGAUCAGCGGCUCUGCGGGGGAACCACGGCUUCGGCCGCUCGGGAUGCCGCUGUGACGGAGGCUGCAGAAUUCCUUGCCGGCGUGAUCGAAAUCAAAUGCAAUAAGCAGACGUUCGAGAAGGUCAGCACAAAGGAGUAUGAGGCGAUUUUUCGGAUGCUUGCUAAGGCGGCGUGUGACCGAGCGAAGACUGUGCAGUGGAGCAUCCGCAACAUUCGCCAGAGGACCGGAGAGGGCGUAGUGGAACCGAUACCUGAGUACUAUCAACCGGUUGCUACUGGAUGGUGCAGAUGGCCGUGCGCAUGGUUGGCUGGUGAGUUGUGUGACCACCUGGACCGCGAAAGAGUGAGACAGUUGCUCGAGACCUGCGCGGAAGACCUGAUAUCCCGGCCCGAGGGCGUGACUGAUCAGUGGUAUUUGGCGAAUGUCCUGCAAAUCUGUAGUCAUGUCGGCGACCUGCAAAACUGGUUCCUAACCACCGGGGUAAAUAUUGACGGUAACCUGAAGUGCACUGACAAGCUGUACGCGAGCGCCCUAGCGAGUAGCUUCACAAAACUUCCCACUGCCGCCACUUCACGCGACAGGUCAGUAAUUUGCUCGAUUUCCAAAGUUCUCAGUUGGCUCGUUAACGCAAGGGCAGUUGAGCAGACGACAACAGCCGACGAGAUGACAGUCGAUUCCAGCGUAGUGGACCUAACGGCCCACCUCUGCAAUCUGUGGGGGCACUAUCGCUUCUGGACCAUAACCCGUCUGGCAUGGAUUCUAGCACCCGCAGACGUUCCCAGAAACAUUUCCAACCGCUCCUUUUUCGCGUGCUUGCUCGCAAGCUUAGCCCGGAAUAGACCGAGAGUGCUUGGAAAGUUUUGCGCCAAUGUCGGAUUCCCUCGUAUCUCCCUGGAAAACCAACGCCAGGAGAAGAUUCAAGAUGAAGGCACGGACUUCUUUGGACGGCUGCCCAGAGCAACGCUUCUCACUGGUCAGCCCUCCUCCAGUCAUCAGGUUCUUAACUCCAGUCAUGACUCGAUCCAGCGUCGUCCUCUUCCAUCGCAUCCCGGAGUAGUGCUGCGUCCUGAACCCCGACGCGCAGUCAAACGUUGUCGAUGGCCUUUACAGCCGCCACACUCCGUCAAAGAAACUCCUCCAGCCGUCUUCGAGGGAUCUCUUCCAGGCGCCUUCAAGCCAAUUGACAGACAACCCAGAACAACUUUUCACGAGUCUUCGAUCAAGCCUGGAUCGCCUGAAUUCAAUCGCCUGCAAGAGUCUUCGAAUGAUGGUCAGGAUCAGUCUUCGAAUGAUGGCCAGGAUCAGUCUUCGAAUGAUGGUCAGGAUCAGUCUUGGAAUGAUCGCCAGGAAGAGUCUUCGAAUGAUGGUCAGCACGCAGUCCCUAGUUUAUCCCAGCUUUCCCUUUCAUGA